AUGAAUAAAAUUCUUUUAAAGAAAAAUGUUAUUUCUCCAUAUAAGAUGUGGAGUUUUGAUAACCUUAUGGAGGAUAAGGAAUUCGAGAUUCCCACAAAUGAAGAACCUCAUGAGGAAGCCAUACAAGAUUUGAAACCUCUUUCAUUCAUAGAAGAGUCAAAUCAAGAUUCAGCCGUACUGAAGAUAGUUCCAAGACCAGAUUGUAAGCUCGAGUAUUUGGAUGGGGAGCUUCUCUAUUCAGGGAUUGUGCUUUUUAUUAAGUUUAUUUAUAGAAGUAUUUGCUUCCAGAACAGUUCUUGGAUCCGAUGUUUUGGGCGUUUGACAUGGCCUAGGAUAUCAGAGCUAAUAAUAUCAAGCUUUCUUUUAAAGGUUGUUCCAACCGGUGCUUCAAAACUACCUGACUUUCAGAAGAUUAUCAAAUGUACAUCUGACUUUGAAACAGCUUUAAAGGAGCUCAUGUUCAUUUCAUCAGAUGACAAGGAUAAUAGGCUAAGCAAUUUUACUGAAAAUGUUGAAGUUCACUUUGCCUUUAAGAAAAAGACAGAAACCUUGGCAAAAGCUAGAAAUCUUCUCAUUGAAUGUGACUUUUCCAUUCCUCAAGAGUAUACAAGGGACGGUUCUAUUUGGAAGAAUGAUGAAACUUCUGAUCUUUCAUCCAGCCAUGUGGUUGAUUUGCUUUUCUCAUUAGAGAAAUGUUUGGUAUCCAAAGCAGCCAAACAAUUGAUGGAACUAAUUCAUCAGACACUGCAGGAUGUCUGCCUGUCAUCUACAAGAGUUGCUUUGGAAUUUUGUAAUGAUGCUAGAGAUGCUAUACUUCUUUAUGAAGUGGUAGUACCUGUCAAGCUAGAGAGGCAGCUUGGUAGCUUCAAUCAAGUUGUUGUUCUGAUGCAUAAUGACUGCCUUUAUCUUUCCCAGGAGACACUUGGAUUUGCAUUUGAGUAUCGGGCAGAUUUUCCUAGUUCGAUGAAGGAGCAUGCCGUGUUUGCUGAAUUGGCCCCAAGAUUUCAGCUUUUGGCAGAAGAAAUAUUGCAGAGGCAAGUCCACUUGGUUAUUUAUGACUUGAAGGAGGCUAUAGAUAAUGCUAAUGGAUUUCAGAAUACUCAUCAAAUGCAACAAUUUGAGUUUGCUAAAUUCAGCAUUGAUCAGGUUAUUUUCAUUCUGGAAAAAGUUCAUAUCAUAUGGGAACCAUUUUUGCUUCCUUCAACUUACAGGAAAGGCAUGUGUGCAGUAUUAGAAUCAGUUUUCUCUAGAAUUUCAAGAGAUAUACUUCUGCUAGAUGACAUAGCUGCAGAUGAGACUUUACAGUUACAAAGACUAAUCCAUUUAAUGUUGGAAAGCCUAUCAUCGUUAUUUGAGUCCUUGGCCACGGGUGAUCCGAAUUUGCCGUCUUGGGAGAAUAAAGAAUUGCUCAGUUGUGGCUUUUCUAUAACGGAGGUGGAAGAUUUCAUAAAAGCUAUAUUUGCAGACUCACCUUUAAGAAAAGACUGUUUGCGGAAGAUACAAAAUACAAGCUUUUAGGAUAAACCUAACUUAAUACAUGAUACGUAAAGCUUAAAACACUCUGGAUGGCCAUCUUUUCGCGGAACAAAUGAACUUGAUGCUACUGCAGAAAAUGCGGAGACCUACAACAUUAAUACGAUUCAGCGGGUUUUGAAUGAUUACGGUCCACCUAGUCAGCUACAUGUAGUGUUCUAAAUCGAGCUCUUUACUUCAAGAUAAGAGUUUGCUUCAGAUUUGAAUACGC